AUGGCGGGGAAUGCCGGAAACCGGUGGACGCGAUCCUUUUCUGAUCCCGCUUGCGAAUCGCCCCUCAUCAGCAUGAUAUUGCAUCCGUCAGACUCCUGCCUUACAGCAGGUUUUCAAGAGCGCUACCGUCCAUCGUGGGCGCGUAACACCUCGUGGCUCAACCCAUCGGACGACUUUGGGCAACACCUCACCUCUCUCUGCAACUCAAGAUGGAUUCAGCAACAGACCAGGUCUACCAUCCAGAUGAGGCCUUCCGUCAACGAUGGGAAGAGAUGCUUCGUCGCUCCCAGGGCGCAAUUUGUGACGCGCUCGCGGGCGUUGACGGCGGCACUUUCCGCGAAGAUACGUGGCAACGAGGGAAUUCUGGCGGCGGUGGCUGGACACGAAUGA